UCCCUGCCUCCUCCUCCUCUCCUCCCCUCUGCUUGGCUGCCUUAUCAUCGCUUCCUUAUUGCCAAACCUGCAAAGACAGGGCUGUAGCCUACUGAAUGCAACGUAAUUUUGACCCAUGUUCCAUUAGCUGAGCGGCCCUGAGGGCACGAGGCUUCCGCGCGGGAUUGUAAUGCUACACUGUCCUCCCUCUCCGGCCAGUUCAUCCUCAGCAGCGCAGAGCUAUGGACCUGAAACCGUAGUGCUCCUCCAACACAGCAUAUCUGCAGUCACCUGCGACUCCAAUAGGCAAUCAAUAUUAAUAGAGUAUUUGUAAGGAUUACAGCCAUAAGGCAAUACGUCGCGGGGGGGAAGGCUGGAAUUAUGAAGCGCUGCCAACAUGUCUAAGGCCACUGUUAAGAAGCUGCACUGGCGCUCAAAAGUGCAGGAGAGCUUCGUCCCACUGGGCGGAGCCUCGGGAGAGCUUGGUGUGGCCAUUGGAGGUGGUGCAGAUUAUGGAGAGUUCCCAUUUGUUACAGCAGCACCCGGGGGUGGAGCCACUGUUGGUGACGUCAUCCUAGAGAUUGGAGGUACACCUGUCCUGGGAUUGACCUUGGGAGAUGUAAGAGGGGUUCUGAACUCAUGUCCACAUCCCAUUCGGAUCAAAACCGUCUUACCAGGCUCGACUCUCUGUAAGGAUCUGAGACUUUACCUGAGCAAGUGUUUUACACCCGGAUCAAUGGACAGCCAACUCCAACAGGUCAUACGAGAGAACCUCUACCUGCGCGCCGUGCCCUGUACGACCAGGCAACCACGGGAUGGAGAGAUCUCAGGGGUGGAUUAUAACUUUGUCUCCAUUGAGGAAUUCUUCUCCCUGGAAGAGUCUGGAGCCCUGCUGGAAAGUGGGAAGUUCAAAGGGAACUAUUAUGGCACACCUCGGCCGGUCCACAUUGGUCCUGACAGCCCCCCCAUUACGUACCAGGAACAUCGAAACCUCCUGAGGAAUUUUCGUACCCGCAGCAAAUCGCUCAGCAACCUGGAAAAGGCUGUGGAGGAAGGUGACAACAGCGAGGAAGACUCUGGUCUAUCAGCGGGGUCUGCCGGAGCCAGCAGUGCCCCUCCCACCACCAUUGUCUCACCUAAUCAGACUUGGGACUCAGGCGGUGGGCGGGAUGGAGGGGUUGCCAUGGAGAACGGAGCACGUGGAGGGGCUUUGCCUGAAAACUGGGAGCUGGCGUUCAGUGACACGGGCGAACCUUAUUACAUCAACCAUAACUCAAAGACCACAAGCUGGCUGGACCCAAGGACUCAGGGCAAAGAGAUUGUCAGCAAGACGGAGUUACCUGCAUUCACAGACCAACCAUCCGAACUGAAGGGCUAUUCCAUACACACUCGCCUGUCGAAAGGGCCUCGUGGGUUUGGCUUCAACAUUGUGGGUGGCAGUAGACCUCGAGAGUUCCUGCAGGUGUACAGCGUCACCCCAGGAGGCCCAUCUGCACUCAAAACAGCGGACAUCCUGGUGUACAUUAAUGACUUGUGUGUGCUGGGUCUGUCCCAUAAAGAAGUGGUAGAAAUGUUGAAAUCCGUCCCCAUGGGUCACAGUGUGGAUGUGGUUCUUCGUCGAGGUUACCCCAUGCUCUACAACCCUGAUGGCUGCCCCAAAACCAGCCUCGCCUCCCCUUCCGACCCAACCAGUGCCAAACCUGCAGCCCCCAGUUCUGCUCAAUCCCAGGUUCAGCAUCCUGAUGGACACCAGCCUGGCUUGGUGAACCUCAAUCGCUCUAUGUCCCACCACAACAACUUCUACCCCCGUAUGCAGAAAGAGUCCUUGGAUGCUAAUGGGAACACAGCACCCCAGCCUUCCUACUCAAUGGUCAAUGGAAAUGGAGUGGGAGGGACUUUAGGGUUGGGGGCGGUGCCUUUAACAAAUGCCCCUCCCCCAUCAGAGCGAAUGAGCUCUAGUCACAGCGAUACGGAGGUCAGCUCUGUUGUCACACGCAGAGCUUCCCUUGUCCGAAGCUACAACAACAACACUCUUCCAGCUCCUUCUCACACCCAUCAUACUUCCAAGUCUUCCGAGAGCGAUCUCUCCUCUGCUACGCUCCCCCUGCCCCGGCCCGAGGUGGGUCCUACCGCGCCGCCACCAGGAGCGCCUAGCACCCAGCGGCCUCCCAUGCCCCAAACAUCUCUUGCCGUCGUACCCCCAACCGAGCACCCACCCUGUGGUUUCAACGGGUGUCCAGCCAACAAUCCCCCGCGACCUCUUCCGGGUGGCCUAGGGUCCCCCGGAGCCCCGGGUGGGGUAGGCUGCGGGGGAGGGGGUGAGCUGGUACCUGUGGCCUUGGGCAGGAGCGAGGGAGGGGGUAUGGGUUUCAGUGUGACGGCUGGGGGGCAAGGAGGGCAGCUGGCAGUGGUGAAGAGGGUCUGGGACAGACGACAGUGCCCCUCCUUACAGCCAGGGGAUGCCAUUAUUAAAAUCAAUGGCGCUGAUGUGCAGAGCCUCAGCUUCGCACAGGUGCAGCGGGUGCUGCAAGAACAUACCAAACAGGGUGAGGUGGUCUUACUGGUUUACAGAGGAAGUCCUCUUUGCUCCCCAGGCUCCCCAAAUGCCUAUAAAAGACCUCCUCCCUCCCUGGGCACCCCAGAUCUGACCUCACCCUCCUCUGAUGGUGCUGUGCCCAGCCAGAGCACCCUCUCUCCCUCCUCGCCCUGCAGUGACCUCCCCAACCUGGUCCAAAGCACCAGCUUCCUGGACUCUGUGCCCGUGACCCUGACCCUAGAGCCCCGGGACUGGUUAGGGGUUGAGGACGGACCUGCUCAGUGGAGCCGUACUGCUGCCUCUAACCUCGGUGCGGUGUCCAAAAGCCAUGUAGACGCGAGGGGAGUGGUCUCCUCCAGAGCGAUGGAGGUGGAGUUGAGACGGAGACCAGGAGAGGGAUUCGGGUUUGUCAUCGCAUCACAGGACGUAGUGAAUGGAACCUCGUCUCUAGUGUCUCACAGGUUUGUGACGGUGCGACGGGGGAGUCCAGCAGCACGCAGUGGUCAGAUUCAGCCGGGGGAUCAGCUGGAGGCCGUGGAGGGCAGAUCAGUGGUCACGCUUCCUCACAGAGACCUCGCACAGAUACUGCGCAGAGCUGGCAACAACCUCAGACUCACCAUUAUACCACGCUCUCACACUAACAAUAAUCUGCCUGAGUACCCUGACUUUGAUGCUGAGAGCCGGUUAAGAAAAGGGCAUCGGGCCAAGCAAAAGGAUUCCCAAUUUUACAGCGUUGAUCUUGAGAGGGGCCCAACAGGGUUUGGCUUUAGUUUGCGAGGUGGAAGCGAGUAUAACAUGGGUCUGUAUGUACUUGGUCUGAUGGAGGGCGGACCGGCCUCACGCAGUCAGAAAAUUCAGGUGAGUGAUCAGCUGGUGGAGAUUAAUGGAGACAGCACAGCCGGGAUGACACACAGCCAGGCCGUGGAGCAGAUCCGAAAGGGAGGAGCAUGGAUACACCUUGUACUGAAGAAAGGCAACGGAUAUGUACCGGAUUAUGACCAUGAAUCUGGAGUUGUUUCCCCCUCCUCCCUCUUCUCCAAGGAGCCGCGUGUGGCAGCAGUAGAUCGCUCUCCUCCGAGCAGCAGAUGGGUGGAUGAUAGUGGACGAGAGAGGAGAGAGAGGAGGGGGAAGGGAAGGAGGGAAUCAGAGGGAAGGAGCAGAGGAAGAGGAGCCGUGGAGGGCAAGCGGGGCUGGGCGGAGGAUGUUAGCACGGCCGGAAGAAGAAGAGAGCAACAGAUGCGUUCGAGGAGUUUACCUGGCACGUUGAGGGGUCGAGAGGGGCCGCGGAGAGGAGAGGAGGAAGAGGAGGAGGACGGCACACGGGGGGAAAGGAAGGGAGAGGGGGAACAACAACGGAGAAGGCAGAAAAGCAAGAGCAAGGAGGAGGAGGAGGACGGCACACGGGGGGAAAGGAAGGGAGAGGGGGAACAACGACGGGGAAGGCAGAAAAGCAAGAGCAUGGGGGAGAGAAGACAAAAAGUGAAGGAUGUUAGUUCAGAGAGAGAGAACGGCCUCCCUGAGAGGGAGAAAGGGAGUGUCAGAAGAGAAAAGAGGGAUAACAACGGAACCAGCACAACAGAGGUCACACCGCGCGCACCUUUCUCCUUCCUCAAGCCUUUGGACAAUGACGACGAUGGGUCAGGUGCAGAAUCGGCUCACAGCAUCUCUGAAGUCGGCAUCGCAUUCUCCACUCAGUGGCCUCUACAAGCCCCUGGAUCUUCGACAACACCUCCGGGACCCUGGCUAGUCCCCAGCCCUCACAAACUCUCUCAGGUUUUAGAGAGGAAAAGGCUGAGCCAGAAUAAGGGAGGACUGUGGUCCUAAUGCUAAUUCCCUUAAAAGGAUAGUUCACCUAAAAACUCGCCCUCAUGUUGUUCCAAUCCCGUAUGAUUUUCUUUCUUCGAGGAGAAAUUUUGAAGAGUUGUACUGGUUGCUCUUUUCCACAUGAAUGAAUUGGAAAA